AUGGGUCGAGCUCGUAUUCGAUGGGUUCUGGUGCUAGCAGUGGUCUUAUCGCUCAUGCUACUCUUUGCGGUCUUUGGAUCGGAAGAGGAUAGUUCGACCAGGUUGGGUCGUCUGCACACCUCUGCAUCAGGUCUGUUGGGCCUGAAUGGCAAAGCAGGAAGCAGACCGGGACCUGCGGGAAUCGCUCCCGGCGGUCUUUCGGUGGACGAAGCUCUAACGCAAGAUAUCGACCCGUGGGUCAAGGGCUCAGGGAGGACAAAUCUCACAUACCACAGCCAUUUCAACCAGGAUGAUUUGACGCUGUGCGAGGAUGAGUGCGACGCCUUCUUCCCUGGAUUGUGGAAGGAGAUCGAUAGGAGUGUCGAAUUCUUUACAAAAAAGCAACAAUACAACAAGGAGUACUUGGAGUUCAGUUGCGACGAUGGCAUCUGGACGCACGCUCGCGUGGUCAUCUACAACAACAGAAUGUACCUCAAAUACUACCAACAAUCCGACUUUACUCGGUCGCAAGCUGCUCUUGCUCUUUUGCACUUGGCUGUCAGCACGAGUAGGGAGAGACUACCGAAUGUGGAAUUUUGCAUGGGCAUGAUGGAUUGGGGCAGCAGAGGCAAAUUCUCGCUGGAUAGAGCUCCAGACUUGGAAGAUGUCUGGCUCAUGCCCGACUAUGGCUGGUGGAGUUGGCCAGAGCACGUCGGCUCAUACCAAGAGCUCCGCGAGAAGACUGCUAGAGUGGAGAAGGAAGUCGGCUGGGCCAAGAAGAUCAACAAACUUAUGUGGAGGGGAAGCAUGAGGGUCGGCACAGCUGAUCGUGAAAGUCUGGUCGCAGUUGCUCGAGGUCAUGACUGGAGCGAUAUCAAGGCUUUGGACUGGGGCGAUCCUUCCACGCAAGUCUCGAUGGAGGACCACUGCAGGUGGAAGUUCCAUGGCUUCCCAGAAGGCAACACUUAUUCUGGAAGACUGCGCUACCUGCAAAACUGCAGAGUCGUCAUCGUCACGCAUGAACCUCGCUGGCUGCAGCACUGGACACACCUGUACAAUGGAGAUUGGAAGUCGCCAGAUCAGAACAUUGUCUAUGUACCCAAGCCUCAAGGCGAAGGGCAAGGUGUACUGGUUCAUGAUGGGGAUGGCAAAGCAUCUUACGAUAGGACUUGGGAGCGGCUGCCAGAGACGAUGGACGCGCUCCUAGCCGACGAUGCGCACGCCAAGCGGAUCGCAGAUAAUUCUUGGACCUUCUUCAGAGAAAGAUAUGUCACUCCCGCAAGCGCCACUUGCUACUGGCGUAAGCUCUUGUGGGGUUUUUCGAAAGUGCAAAAGUAUCAGGUCGACCUCUCAGGUAGUGAGACAAGUUACGAAUCUUGGAUCUUAAAGGGUAUGAAAGGCACACGUGAGUACUGCAUGAUGACCAGUCGCACUUGUGAUGAUGUGCUUCAAAGUUGA